AAGUUCAGGUGCCUUUGAAAAAUCUAAAUAUUCAUUAACUGAAAUGACAAAUGGACAACUCAGAGCUGAAAAGGGUCAAAGAGAAGACUUUCUGACCUAUAUCGAACAAGAAAAUGGAGAAUUCUCAGAGGUCCAUGCGUCUUUACUUAGGGAUAUGCAUUUUGUCAUUGCAAUGGAUACUGACCUAUCAGCAAGUCAAUGUGGCCUUAAGCGGAAUUGCAACACAGUCUUCUUCCUACAACUAUUACUAUGCUUCCUUUGCUAUUGAUGGCAACAGAAAUUCUGUCUUGAGUGCCUCCGCAUGUUCACACACAAAUGCUGACUAUGGCCCGUGGUGGAGGGUGGAUUUGUUGGUGUUGUAUGACAUUAGCAAUGUAAUCAUCACUAACAGAGGUGAUGGCAGUCCAGAUCGGAUAAAUGGUGCUGAGAUCCACAUUGGCAAUUCCUUAAUCAACAAUGGCAACAAUAACCCCAGAUGUGUUGUUAUCCCUAGCAUGCCUGCUGGUGCCUCUAUAAACUACACAUGUAAUAUGCAAGGUCGUUACGUGAAUGUGAUCAUUCCCAAUAUUGCUCAGUACCUCACACUCUGUGAAGUGGAAGUCUAUGGGGUUCCAGUCCCUAUUUUUAAAAAGGCUUUUCUGAGAAUAAAGUUUAACAGCAUUGAGGAUCUCAGCAACCCUACCAUGAGAGACAAAAUUCUUCAAAAGGUCAAAUCUGCCAACAUCAAGCCAGCAGUAUUUCAGGUCCGGUGGACAAAAGAACCAGAACUGGAAAAAAGAACUUAAAAAAGUGGCUGGAAUGAAUUAACCCUUCUCACCACCUACCGCAAUGGCCUUAAACCAGCAUUGAGGUUGCAACUCUCGGCCUACGAUGACAUCAUGGGCUUAGAGAGCUUCAUUCAGAGAUCCAUCAGAAUUGAAAACCGUAUGCAAUCCUGUUAUAAUUAUGUUAAAGGACCCGUCACCUCCCAUAUUUUCCACCAGCAAGAAUCACCCUCUCCAGAGCCAGAAUUCAUGCAAAUUGAGACCACCCGCAUCCCACUGUUAGAACGUCAUCGGCCGUUGGCCCAAGGGCUGUGUCUACAGUAUACUGUGCUGCAGCUGGACGAGCUAUUGGAGUGUCCCAUCUGUCUUCCACAAGUUUUUAUGAGUACCGAUCAACCCAAAGCUUAUGUAUAUAUUCCCAUGUAUAUGCUCUGUUAACUACAGAACUCUGGAUCAGCCGUAAGCUUCAUCUCCUCGCAAUUAUGCUCUGACCUUAAAAUCCAAAAGGAAAGGAUCCCCCAAAAGCUCCAAGUCCAGUCCAUAACUGGCAAACCCCUCAAACUUCAGGACAUGUGAGGUCGUUCUGACUGUGGGAGUCCUAUACCGGGAAACCAUCAGAUUCCUGGUUCUGGAGAAUUCAACUGUGGAUAUCAUCUUAGGGCGACUGUGGCUAGUGCAACAUCAUCCAGAGCUCUCUUGGGAUACUGGUGAGGAGAGAAGAUGGAGCGAUCAUUGUUUCCCAUCAUGUUUUGCACAAUUACCCAUUUCUUGCCUCCGUCAUUUUUCACCCAUAAGUAUGUUCCACCUCCAUCGAAAGCUCGAAGGCAGAUAUUUCAACCACCAUACCUGAAGAUUACAGAGUUUUAGGAUGUUUUCUGUCCCAAGAGAGCCUCCAAACUAUCACCUCAUCAGCCAUGGGACUCAGCGAUUGACCUCAUUCCCAGUGAACCAGUGCCUAAAAGUAAAAUCUAUCCAAUCACCAUCCCAGAAAAGGAGGCCAUGGAAAAAUGUAUCAGCAAAGAUCUCAGUCAGGGAUACAUCUGCCCUUUGACCUCCCCUACUGCAUCACCCUUCUUUGUGGCCAAGAAAGAUGGCAGCCACUGACCCUGUAUCGAUUACCGGGCACUCAACAAGAUUACAUCUAAAUUCUGUUAUCCCCUUUUUGGUACUGUUAUGGAUUCGCCAGGCUCCACACUCACUCUCCCGUAACUGAUUACUAAUCACCAUCACCUGUUCACAAUCACCUGCUCACAGUAUAAAGGACUGCCAAAUUCAUUCUUUCCCCAUCCAGUCUCAUUAGUACAUGCAUCUCUUUGGAGUGUAACCUUGCUACCUGCCUGACUUUAUUAACCCUUAAUGAUAUUUAUCAUCUCUCUCCAGCAAUCAUCAUUGCCCCCUGACUACUGUGAAGUUAAGGAUAGUGUCUUGUGACCGUAAAGUCAUGUUUGUGUUUGACAUUACCCUUUCAUCAUCUCCAUCCUCAUCAUCCCUGCUAUCUCUUUUGCCAUUUGCCUAUUGCUCGCUGCCUGUUAUACUGUAAUAAAGACUUCUGGUUUGUACUCUGUUGUCAUCUCCCUCUGUCUCAUAAGUGUGAGACACUUUUUACAUUUAAAGUUUGCAUUCCAUGAUUGCAUUUAAAAUUUUAA